CGACGUUUGUCAUCCGGAUAUGUCCACCAAGGACGCACGAACUCCUGUUACAGUAGUCUUGUUUGUCUUGCAUUAGUUAGUAGUUUACGUUGAUAGCGUUUUGAAGGCAAAGUGCCCUAUAUUGCCUUGUUGUAGUUUGUACUGUGCUUUCGUUUGUUCCUAAUCGCUUUCUGCUACCCGAUUGUGAUUACGUGCAUCGUGGUAUUGGCACCUGCAUCUUCCCGUGUUGGUCUAGUUCUCAAUACCACCCUAUUGGCUUAUUGUGUGGAGGGAAAUCCACUCCUCUCCAGGGGUCUUUCGACGAUGUCCCAGGAUUCGAUUCCUGGGACCCAUAAUGCAUUUACGUGACUGUUCUUUUUAUUCCCGUUCCGAUUUCUCUGUACUCCUGUUCCGAUAUAUGUCUGAACGAACGUUACCAGCACCAAACGAAUACCACAUCCCGAACGUGCUCGGUUCGAGCAAGGAAGGGCCGAUCCGUUCGGCGCCAGCCUACACAAUCACCGGCCGACAGAAGCAAACUCUUCCUGAGUGCAUUGGGUUCCCCGGUCCCGGUCACUACGAUGCGAAGAUCGAUCCGCUGGUAAGACGGGCCCCGAUGUUCUCGAUGGCAACCCGCUUCCGACGACCGACGGACGAAGCACUCAAGCCCGGACCGGCCGCACACUAUCCGGAAAAGAUUAACCUCGGGCACGUUCCGGCCUACAGCUUUGGCAUCAAGCACUCGGAAUAUUUGGGCGAUUUUCCCGAACCUCCUCGGUACCGCAAUCAGCUGGUGAUUUAAGUUACUACCGAGUGACCUUAAGCUUCUGUAACUGCCCAAAACCGCCCGCAGCCUACGUUGCACAAGCGAAUGCAAACAACCCCUCUUUUAACACUGUUGUCCGGAACCGUAAUGCCUUUUGGUGCUUUUACUCCAGUGAUGAGAAGCCAACACUGCAAUGUCUGGUUGCAAUAGCAAGAUGAAAUAAAUCAUACACAUCUAACAUACCGCUGCCAGACCGGUUGUAGCGAUAGAAUUAUUAUAAAGCAACACAUUAAUGUUCGAUGUAUGACUAAUUUUUGCAAAAAAGAGCGAAGAAAAUAAGCAAGA